GGUGCUAAGUGAGGUGUGCAUCUGCCCUCUCCGCGAGCUGCCAGAGGCGGUCCGAGCGAGCCGUGGCGGCGGGCCCCAGUAGUAUGUGCCCGACCGCGCCGACGUCAGUGACCGCUGACUCCAGUCCCGGAUCCUGCACGCCCUCAUGAGGUGUAACGCGACAACGCCCCAUGUACAUAUCUAAGCGUGGGCCACAAUUCGUUUUAGUUGCAAGUCUACUGGUGAUGUUGUCUCCGCCGAGGCGUGCGCACAGCCACCCGAUGCUGAACGAAAACGACCAGCCGCCGCGGACCAUGACGCGGGCGUACCUGUACAACGUCCGGUACGAGAGCUUCGUGUCCUUGCACCGGCCGCGGCGCCGCGGCAAAUACCGUGUGGUCGCCCGCUCCGAGGAGAAAAACAGCCACAGCUUGCUCCGGUUCGAGACCGAGUUAAUCACGAACGAUACGAAGAUCUUCUUCAACAUUUACAACGAGAAGGCGAAGCGCUACAUCUGCUUCAACAAGCGCGGCCGCGUGCGAGCAGCGAAGCGCCGGAACAACAAAAACCUGACCUGCCGUUUCCGCGAGAGGUUGCACGUGCGGACCGAGGUGUUCCAGUUCUUGGCCGACAAGGGCAAGGGCGCGCUCAGCUUCAACGGCAAGAGGAGGCGCGCCGUCCUCAGGCCACCGACAGAUCAGAACGGCCGUUGGCCUAAUUCAACCAAAUUCACCAAAGUUCCUCUGCAUUGACAGGCCGUCGCUGAGGACGAGGCGGCGGCUGGGCGCGCACAUUGCGCCGAGGCGCGCGAAGAGUGAUAUCCCAGCCAGACUCUAGGCGAUCGUUGUUAUGUGGCCGCGCGCAGUGUGUUCGCGCUCGUGUGCGUGUGCGGAGGCGUGCCAUUGUUGUUUCACUCAUGCGCUGUUUUGCUCAAAGCCAUCCCAUGUUUGUCUGGGUGCGGUGGCCGACCAGCCUCGUUAAUAAUCAUUACGUGUCGUAGUUGAUCAUUCGCAUUUGCCGGCUUUGCGCUUCAAUGGACUCUUAAUUUCAUUAUCGCGGCGUCUGAUUGGUCGGGGUGAAUAUUGGGCGCUCGGGCUGGCGGGCUGAUGAAUUUGGCGCGACCCAGCAGCUGCCUGGCCGGAAUCAAUUUCCACUCUUUCGGCGCUGCCCAUCAAAACAAAACCAAAUUAGUCGGCUUCCGUGCGCGGCGUCACCUUCACGUGGCAGAUGGCGGCGUUUAAUUAGCGAAAACAGGCUUUAAUUGCCGCGGCGGCCGGCGGCGCGGCGCCUAUCUCUGACCAUCGGCAAGCGCACUCGUCAAUAGGUCAGCCGGGCUCCUCCAAUGGUCGAUUAAACCGUUUACGACGUGGGUGCGCUGAGACCGUCGCUUGAGCCGCUCGUAACGGCUCAAUCAGCCACGACACCGGUCCCAUUAUUACGCAGUCAGCGCCGGCCAGCCUGCCGAAAAAAACCCGGUCGGCCACAUCCGCCCGGCCGCCCGGU